AUGGGCUCAUCGACAGUGACCGUCAGUGAAUCCUCGGAAGCACCGCCUUCCAAUGCAGAUUCGCUGGCAGCUUCAAGACCUGAGCUAGACUCACACACAGCGAGCGAAGCACCUACGCUCCACGGAGACGAGCUUGCAGCAUCUGCCAAAGGAGAUAGACCGGGUGUCUGGGAUUGGAUGGGAACCUGGUGGACCAAGGGAACGAAGAACGGGCAAUCUUUCACCCGCCCCGACUCGAAUCAUCGCCGGACUCAGUGCCAUCGUCGAAAACCUGGUAGACACCAUGCUGCCCGCCCCGAGGAUGCUUCAUCUGCGACCUCAGCUCCGCAAAACCCGAACCAACCUAGUCGCCGCAAGGCUGUCCGGAGCGUCUUUGGCAACCUGGGCUUCUCGAUGCUGAACCCUUCCGUGAACUCGUUGGGCUCGCAGAAGCGCUGCACCACGUCCGUAACGGACGCCCGCCCAAGGCUUCGAGCUGCCAACAGACACAAAGUCGGUGAGGAGUGUGCGCUCUGCGGCUUCUUCCCCGUCCAGACCGCCGUCUUUGCUGCCACCGCCUGUUUCGUCUGUCCCUUUCAAAUCUGCGUCGCCAUCCAAUCCACCUUCCAUCAUCUUUCCUUGCGACUGCCGUCAGGGGCACGCAGGCGCUGGCCGCCAUGGGACUUCAUCUCCUGGGAAGACCUCGCUGCGUUCCUCGCCGCGAUCCCGCGCCAUGUGACGUACCGCGAGCAACCGAAGGAGUGCAACGAUAGUGCGGUUCUGCUGACGAGUGUGUGCAAGCCCCUUCCGGAAGACUCGUGUCUCCGCGGUCUUCGAUGGGGCGGCAAGCGUGUGUACCCAAUGGGCUUCUGGGGCAAGGAGGCGAUCAGGGAGGAUAGGAAUGUGGAGGGCGAAAACGAGGCGGCGAACGAGCUCAGCAAGCGCUGGGUCCGCGUUGCGCGCGCUGGCCUCAAGAUCGCGAAGCAUGCGGGCGGUUUUGCGUACUACCUGGCUGCGAAGGAGCAGAGGUGCCAGUGGAAGGAGGAACGGCGAGAGCGCAAGGAGGAAGAGCGGUGCCUCGGGGGCCGCCGGUGGGAUGAGGGCUCGAUGGAUGUUGACGAUGACGAGGGUCUCGCAGCGGAAGAGUCUACGGAUGACAGCAAGGAGGACGAGAAUGAUACGCCCGAGAUCAAGGCGCUGAAGGCUCGCCGGCGAUAUCUCCAGUCUCUCCUGGACUCGUCUACUCAGGGUCGCACCUCCCCGUCAAUUCCUCGACGCCGCCCUCGAGGCCCGCAAUCACACAAGCCAGCACGUCCUUGCAGCUCCCUCCGGGUCGUCCCUGGCUACACUAUCCUUAUUGUCGACACGAACAUCCUUCUUUCAUCGCUGGCAAUCAUCUCUUCUUUGGUCGAGAGCAUGCAGUGGACAGUAGUCGUUCCUCUCCCCAUGAUCAUGGAGCUCGACAGCCUGUCGAGCAAUGCGUCGGCACUCGGCGAUGCAGCGACGGUAGUCUCAAAGCUCAUUCUCGGCAGCUCAGCGUGA